AUGUCUUUAAAUUCACCUCAGAUACACAAUAAUCAAUAUUUAUCCAAACAAUCAUAUUAUAAUUCACCACUUGAUAAUAAUUUCCAAGAUCCAACUACAUCUUCUCAACAUCAACAACAUUUCCAAUCAAAUACAAAUAAUCAAAAUAUAACAUCUUCUUCAACCGGAUCAAAUGAUUCUCAACAACGUCAAAUUCAACCUCCAAUACCUCAAAAUUCAAGACCACAAUCUUAUGAAGAAUUUUCAAAUAAUUUUUCUUCAAUAGCCGGUUUAAAUUUAAAUUUUAAUUCAAAUACAACAACUGGUUCAUCAAAUUCAAAUCAACCUUCAGAAUCUUCAAAUUAUAUAACAACUCCAAAUGAUAAUCAAUCUCAACCACAUUCUUCAGGUCCUGAAUCAAAUAAUACUUUAGAACAAACCCCUCCAACAACAAAUACAACCAAUACAACUACAACAACAACAACCACACAAUCUCAAGCACCUGUUGAACAACCUUUUUAUGUUAAUGCUAAACAAUAUCAUCGAAUUUUGAAAAGAAGAAUUGCAAGAGCUAAAUUAGAAGAAAAUUUAAAAGUUGCAAGAGGAAGAAGACCUUAUUUACAUGAAUCAAGACAUAAACAUGCUAUGAGAAGACCAAGAGGUCAAGGUGGUAGAUUUUUAACUGCUGCUGAAAUUGCAGAAAGAGAUCGUUUAGAAAAAGAAAAAGCAGAUUCAAAUGGGAAUGAUGAUAAUUCAAAUAAUAUUGAUCAAUCAAAUAAUCAAAAUCAAAAUAAUUCUUUAAAAAAUGAAACUAUUUCAAAUCAAGCUUUUAAUUAA